AUGAAAGCUGCAAGAUAUCACGGGCAGCGCGAUUUGAGGGUUGAGGAUGUGGAUGUUCCACAGAUCGCGAACGGUCAAGCUCUGAUCCAGAUCGAAUGGUGUGGGAUAUGUGGCUCUGAUCUGCACGAGUAUCUGGUCGGACCAGCCGUUAUACCCAGGAAGGAAGCACCCCAUCCCCUGACUGGGGCAGUGCUGCCUGUAACGAUGGGCCACGAGUUUUGCGGUCGAGUGAGCAAGGUUGGUCCAAAUAGCAAGUUACGAAUCGGCGAGCCUGUCAUGGUCGACCCGCGGUUCUUCUGUUCCAGCUGCCAUUCCUGCAACGUCGGCGACACCAACAUUUGCAAUAGUUGGGGUUUCUUGGGACUGCAGUCCAAUGACGGAGGAGGCUAUUCGGAAUACGUCGCAGUCAAAGAGGACAUGUGUUAUGUCCUGCCUGAUUCAGUACCUUUAUCCGAGGCCGCCUUGAUUGAGCCGUUGACGGUCGCCAGGCAUGCAACCAAAAAGUCUGGAUUCGACGAUUAUCGAGACAAAACUGUUCUCGUGCUUGGUGGCGGUCCCGUAGGGCUGGCUUUGAUCUUUGUCUUAAAGGCCUCGGGAGUCGGCAAACUCAUCGUGAGCGAGCCAACGGCGAAGCGGCAAGAACAGGCGGCCAAGUUUGUCGACGUCGUGUUGAAUCCCAGGGAGGUCAAUGUGCCAGAUAAAUGCCGUGAAUUAACGGACGGCAAGGGAGUGGAUAUUGUUUUCGACUGUGCAGGCAUCAUGCCAGGUCUGAAAGAUGGUAUGGAUGCUCUUCGACGAGGCGGGACAUAUGUUAACGUUGCUGGUUGGGAAAGAGAGUGCAUUGUGCCGAUGGGACAUUUCAUGUUGAAAGAGAUCGUCUUCAGGGCCUCAAUGAGCUACACCGAAGAAGAUUUCAAACAGACUGUGGACGAAUUCGUUGCAGGAAAAUUCAAGGGAUUUGAGAAGCUGGUUACGGCAAGAAUAGCAUUGGACGACGUCGUGGCCAAAGGGUUCGAGGAGCUGGUCAACAACAAAGAUGAUCACGUCAAGAUCAUGGUGACUCCCAGGAAGGAGCUGUUGGUGCAGUCAUGA